AUGCAAUUGCAGGUUCUCGGCUGCACUUUCCUCGCACUGUCAGAUAGUGAGGAAAGUACUGCCGAGAACCGGCAGUUGUCAGAGCAGGGAUCGGCACCGAUCAUCAGGGCACUGAUCAUCAGUGCCCUGAUGAUCGGUGCCCAGCAGUGCCACCCACAAGUUCUGCCCACCUGUGCCCAGCAGUGCGCCCACCUGUGCCCCCACCAGUGUCACCACCUGUGCCCAGAAGUGCCACCUACCUGUGCCCAGUACAGUGCUGCCAGUCAGUGCCCAGCGGUUGUGCCAGUCAGUGUGCCGCCAGCAGUGCCCAGCAGUGAUGCCAGUCAGUGCCACCUAUCAGUG